AUGGAGGACAAGGAGAUCAUGGCACUGAUCAUCAAACCCACCAAUCUCACUCCAACGGAAUUUCUAGCCUCAACAAUUUCCAUGUGUGUACUCACGGCCCUCGCUAUUGCUGUACGAUUCUGGUCAAAUUAUAGCCACGCUGGCAAAGUCUUUGUUGACGAUUAUUUAUGUAUCGUGGCUCUCAUUUUCAUGGUCUGGACUGCGGCAACAUUUUACCUGCUACUUUCAGUACUAAAUUCUGACCCCGAAAAGGUUGACCUUACUUAUCUCACGACGCUUUGUGCUGUAGGGAUCUUCGCUGCCAACUGCGCGCUGUAUACCGCAAAACUACCCCUCAUCUUCCUUUUCAUUCGAACGUUCGGUAUCAAACGAUGGCUACAAAUAAUCUGCAAGAUCCUGGUGGUCUUGGGCUUCAUGGGAUUUAUGGCGACGGCAAUCUAUCCCACGGUCCGGUGCAGCCCUCAGCUACAUCCUGUCAACGCGACGUUCUUGAUAACUUGCAUCACAUCAAUUGCAGAUGUCACUAUCCCUCGAGGCUCGAUAUCUAUUACAAUGGACGUACUCUUAUUCGCCCUACCACUCCCGAUCAUCCAAACUCUCAAGUUGCCAUUUAGGAAGAAGUUGGGACUGGUAUUGGUCUUUAUUGCAGGAAUUCUGGCGAUCGUUGCCAGUGCCCUCGGGCUAUACUUUUCAAGCAUGAAGAAAGGGGAUACAGCAUCAAACAUCGCAAAUGCUCUUCUUGUCAGCGUUAUUGAGAGCAGUAUCGUAGUUCUCGUGAGCUGCGCGCCGGCGUUCCACCUAUUCUGGGGCAUGCAGACUGGCUCGACAUCGCGCAUCGGCACAAGCAAUCAGGGCACAAACGUAACAAGCUCGCGACUGGGCCUCUCGGUUCGCUCUUCGAAACGCCAAGAAGACUUUAGCGCCCCGGGGUCGAUCCAGGCCACAGCGCACCACUACAUCGAGCUUCGGGACAUGCCGGGUGCCAAAAUGCCAGGGUCUGCGGUUCACGUCACAGCAGGAAGGAUGGAGCCGUAA